CGACAUGUUGUUUUUUUUGGAGAAUUUUGGUUCGGAUGGCGAUUUCUGAAAACACUUGACUGACACAGUUUUAAAUUUUCAAAGAAAAAACUAAGCUAAUAUGGAGUUAUCCACGAAUGAUUGUGAUGGAACUAAUCCAGCCACUGCAUUCAGUUUCGUCCUGUCAGACUCACUAGGAGGAACUGAAAUUUUGGAUGCCGAAAGUGCUGGCUCAAUCAUAUUUCCCACAGAUUUUGAUAUCAACAAGCUGCUGAAAACAGGGAAUGGAGUGCAGGUGCUGUUCAUAGAUUCUUCACAGGUUGGCAUUGUUUCUGAAAAUGGUGCAGCUAUCAUCACAAGCUCACCCCUUCAAGAUGAGAUUGAAGGUGGUGAGCAACCCAAUUUGACAGAAAUACAAGUUGGCAGAAAUCAUCCUGACAGUUUUCAUGUCGAAACUUCUAUGAUAAAUGAUGUGUUAUCAUGCUCAGAGUGUGGAGCUACAUUUAAGAAAAAUGCAGACUAUAAAAGGCAUCAGCUGCAACAUUUAGACAAGAAGCCUCACCAAUGCCCCAACUGUAACCUUUCGUUUAAUGUCGAGAAAAAUCUUAAACUUCAUAUGGCCUUACACAAUACAUCAAGUCAGUGUCCAGAGUGUGGGAAGAAAUUUUCAAGACUGGCCAGUUUAAAAGCUCACAUCUCCCUUCACAUUGAGGAAGAUACACUUACCUGUCAGCAGUGCGAUAACGAAUUCGAGACUAUGAGGGCUUUACGGCGUCACAUAGAAGAAGAACACCAACUGAACAAAACCGCACCUUUAACGCUUGCCGAACUGAAUCACUCAUUUAACGGUUCGGCGAAUCGUGAAACAGAUCCUGUUAUAAAAAUCUUCCCCUGUAAGCAAUGCCAUGACAACUUCAACACUAUGAGGGCACUAAAGGAGCAUUCGAGAUAUCAUCAGAAGGUGAAUUCUAUCUUGUCUUGCAAGAAAAAAAGUAAAAACAACAAAGUUGUUGGAAAACCACGUUUCAGAUGCUCUCACUGCUCUAUGGAAUUCGAUAAGCCGAGUCUCCGUGCUCGACAUGAGCGAGUUCAUACAGGCGAGCGGCCUUACAAGUGUGAUCAAUGCAAUCGGGGUUUCAGUCAGAAGAAUUCGCUGGUUAGCCACCAAAAAGCCAUUCAUGGACGGGAAAAACCCUACCAAUGCACGUUGUGUCCUUACGCCUCAAGUCAGAAAGGAAACCUUCGAGCUCAUGUUCGGCGUCUACACCUUCUUGCCAGUAGCGAACAACAAGGAGACGUUCAUCGCUGCGAUGAUUGCAGUGCCGUAUUCAGGAAUGUAUCGAGUUUGACAUCUCAUAUGAGCAAAUUUCAUUGUGAUGGCAUCCAGACGCAUUUGACAAUGCCACAAUUGCAAAAUUCAGAUUCCAUGGCAGCUCUGAAUAUAAAUGACAAUGACUCAGCGCCACGGGACGAUCUCAGCCACAAGAACGAUAUCCUUCAAAAGGCUCUGGAACGUAUCGGAUUACCACUUUCAGAUGGUGGCACGGAGAAUUCAGAUCAGCGGAACGGAGAACAAAAUAAAACAAAAGAACGAAGUGCCUGCACCACUACUCUCGUAGAUAGAGCCAAUCCAGCUAAACUAGUGCAAUAUGUUGUUGAAUAUCGCAUGGAGAAUUCUGUUCGCUUCCUAUUGUGCGGAAACUGUCCGAAGCGGUUCAAGAAACCGCUGGAUCUGGUUCGUCACCUUCGUAUUCACAACUCCAUUAUGCCUUAUAAGUGCCCUGUUUGUCACAAAACGUUCCGUCUCAAAUCCACUUUGAUGUCUCACUUGAAUUCGCACAAUGGGACCAAGGCGUUUGAGUGCCCUGUCUGUUGUAAAAAGUUGGCCAGUCAGGCAAGCCUUGUUCUUCAUCAAAGGCUCCAUACUGGGCAGCGACCUUAUUGCUGUCAGUUCUGUGGCAAGCAAUUUCGACAUCGGAGUUAUUUCAAAGUACACCUCCAGGCUCACCAGCGAUCUGCCAAAAGCAAAACUAAGACUGCUCUCACAUCGGAAGAGCCACGAAUAGCGAGCGAUAGCUUAAAAACGGGUGCAAAUAUGUCUGUGACGCUGGCUGAACCAUUAGAACUAACCGAGUCGGGAAUCCUCCCGAGACAACCGGUGAAUGCCCAGCUGUUCAGCAGAUCAGAGGAGAAAAACGGCACGCGUCAAAUCCGUCCUUUUAAAUGUUUGCAGUGUGGCGCUGCUUUCAAGAAAUCUGCUCAUCUCAACCAACACAUACAAACUCAUUCGGGAUUGAAACCUUUCACUUGCAACAUCUGCCUCCGGAAUUUUGUUUCCAAGUGGGUUCUCAAAGCUCACCAUCUAACGCACGAAAGAACGUCUGCUCCCAACUUUCAAUGCUCGGAAUGCAAUCGCAGUUUUACUACGCGGGGUACACUGAAUCGACAUAAAGCAAGCCAUAGUGAUUCCAGGCCUUUUAUAUGUCCUUACUGCCAAAAGUCCUUCAAGACUUAUUCGGUUUGUAAAAAACACGUAGGGACCCACACAAACGAAGUCAUCCAUAUGCAACAAGCGCAGUCCUCUUCAGAACUGCCUGAAGUUUCCAUUGAUGCGGAGGCGCUCGAAAAUUCAACAACAUUACCACCAAUGUCUGAAACCCAAACCGAAUCACAUUGGGAUUUGUUGAAUUACGAGCCAAGCAACAUGCCAGCUGAUAGCAGCACAACUCAGCCAAGUGACGAAUCUACUUUAAAUGGAACGAGAGAAGUCACCGACGUACAUAGUCUUCCUUGCACGACGUCGACCUUGAGUGAUGCUUCCUCCUUUGGUCCCAUGCAGCUAGGCAUGGAAUUCGAUGGUGAGGAGGCGUCCGAUGUUACCGACGCUCCAGCCCACUCUGAUCUUCCAACAUUGUACGACAACCAAGUUCUGUCGCAAAGCUUUACUUUCCAGGAAUCUGAACUACUUACUGCACCAACGGAGGAUUCUAAAAGAGAAGAAACCAAAUGUCUUUCAUGCGGACGAGAAUUUAAACGAGCUUCCCAUUUAAAGACCCACAUGCGAAGUAACUGUGGAGCUAAUAAAUCCCACGUUUGCCCUAUCUGCACCAAAUCAUUCGCAACCGCUCAAGCUUUGACGGCUCACGAAAAGUCUCACACCGACCCAGACCCAGAACCUAUGCACUGCGUGUGCGAUUCGUGCGGGCUCAAAUUUCUGUCGUUUCAGCUCUACUUACGUCACACCGAAGAAGGAUGCACUCAAACUAAUGCUCUGGAAACGAGCUUUAAAGAUCAGGACUCGGCUAUAUUUACUGAUACUUCUUCCACUCAAGGAGGUGUUGCCAACGUUAUAGACAAGAUUUCGAAAAGCCUUAAAGAGUGCACUCAGUGUAACAAGAGUUUCAAAAAACAAUCGGAUCUUGUUCGUCAUAUGAGAACUCACACGGGGGAACGUCCUUUCGCCUGCGAAAUAUGUGAUAAAAGUUUCACGCUCAAAUCCACUUUGACGGCUCAUUCGCGUACUCAUUCUGCCAAUGGUAACAAGACUGUGUCGUGUGAGCUUUGCAACGGCCUUUACUCAUGCCGGAACACGCUUCGAAUCCACAUGAGAAUUCACACAGGGGACAAACCCUUCAAGUGUCCGGAGUGUAAUUUGUUCUUCCGGACAACCGGUCACCGACAAUCUCACCUCAAGAGUCACCGGAAAGCUGCCCAGGCAGUCGGUAAACCCGGUGCGAUCCGCACAGUGUCUUCUGCCGCCAACAAGAGGAAAUUAAAAGCUAAGUCGAACAAACAGCGAGUGUUGAACGGAGACAUGGAUUCUGAAGCUCAUCUGGCGAAAGUCAUCGCGAUAUCUGGCGACCUGUCGAAUCAACACAAUUCUUUGGGCGAUCAAAGUGGAUCCCUGGGCAAUUUGACUGUGAAAUUCCACUUGGACGAAGCCGGCAAUGUCCAAUUGCCAACAUUGGACUCGACCACGUUGCUGGACUUGAGGGACUUGAGCGAUCUUUUCCUGACCCAGAGCGAUGGACAGGUCCAAGGGAUCGCAUUGACUCAGGAGAUGAAUUUGUCGCAUCUGUUAACCGUGAGCGAGUCUAACCGGGACGAGCUGAGCAGGAAUCUUAUGAACUCUGAAUCCGGUUUGCGACUUUUGACGGGAAACCACGGAGGAACAAUGCUCGUUUCCAGUUCGCAUGCGGAUCAGCACCAUUCUGAAGUAGAGGAGGGAGCAGAUCACACUAUUAUGCUAGAGGCAGUCGAUCCUGUUGUUAUUUUGGGAGCUUCCAGCGAAACAAGUCCUGAACGGGUGUCGGUAAUUACGGCAAGAAAUCGCAACUUCCAAAAGUGAAUUCAAAUGUUCAAAUUUAUUUUUAUUUGAAAUAAUACUGUUUCUCUGACACUACUCAACGAUCGGUCAUUGAGUUAUCGGACAUUUGCAUCUCGCUUAUUAGUAAAUUUUGUGUUUAUUAUCAUCGAUUAUCAUAUUUCUGGAAUUUUAUAUGCUCUCUUAAAAUAAAAUGUUUGUAUAAAUUA